UCCCACUCUCAAACGCAAAGCAUCUGCCAUUCCAAAGAUUCUCUCAUCCUCCACCAAAACCGUAAGCCCCCCCAACCCCUCAUUCAAAACCCCCUAGAGUUUGUUUAGGCCAUCUUCAUUAGCAGAUUUUGAAGUUAAGACGCGAGAUCUGAGCAAUGGCGGCAAAUUCAUCAAAUGGGGAACAACAAACAACCUCAAAGCCACCACCGUUGCCAUCUCCAUUGCGUUUUUCUAAGUUUUUUCAGUCCAACAUGAGGAUUUUGGUUACUGGAGGAGCUGGUUUUAUUGGUUCUCAUUUAGUGGACAAAUUGAUGGAAAAUGAGAAAAAUGAGGUGAUUGUUGUUGAUAACUACUUCACUGGAUCAAAGGACAAUCUUAGAAAGUGGAUUGAUCAUCCUAGAUUUGAGCUUAUUCGUCAUGAUGUUACCGAGCCAUUGUUGGUUGAGGUUGAUCAGAUUUACCACCUUGCAUGCCCAGCUUCUCCAAUUUUCUACAAAUACAAUCCUGUGAAGACAAUAAAGACAAAUGUCAUUGGCACACUGAACAUGCUGGGACUUGCCAAGCGGGUGGGAGCAAGGAUCUUGCUCACAUCAACUUCAGAGGUAUAUGGAGAUCCCCUUAUCCAUCCCCAGCCUGAAACAUACUGGGGUAAUGUUAAUCCCAUUGGGGUUCGGAGCUGCUACGAUGAAGGGAAGCGUGUGGCUGAGACCCUAAUGUUUGAUUACCAUAGGCAGCAUGGGAUAGAGAUACGCAUUGCUAGAAUCUUCAACACAUAUGGGCCACGCAUGAACAUUGAUGAUGGGCGUGUUGUCAGCAAUUUCAUAGCUCAAGCGCUUCGGGGUGAACCACUGACAGUUCAAAAACCUGGGACACAAACUCGGAGUUUCUGUUAUGUCUCUGACAUGGUUGAUGGCCUUAUUCGUCUCAUGGAGGGGGAGAACACUGGUCCAAUCAAUAUUGGGAAUCCAGGUGAAUUUACCAUGCUCGAGCUUGCUGAGGCAGUUAAGGAGCUUAUUAAUCCUGAGGUGGAGAUAAAGAUGGUGGAGAACACUCCGGAUGAUCCACGACAGAGAAAACCUGACAUCACAAAGGCAAAGGAAUUGCUAGGUUGGGAGCCGAAAGUCAAGCUGCGGGAUGGCCUUCCACUCAUGGAGGAGGAUUUCCGAUUGAGGCUAGGAGUCUCCAAAAAGAAGUGAAAAUACUAUUAAUGAAAUCAUACAGAGUGAAAUUUUCGAUGGCAGAUUCACUUCUUGUUAUGGGAAUAUUUCUCAUCUCCAGUUUAAGGUCUCCCACGCCUCAUCUUGUUCCUUAUUAUAUCACAGAAAAUAAAUCAUAACCAAAGAAUGUGAGAAAUUAUGCAACUAUUUUAAUUUUGGCAGUCCUUAAAGUGAACAUAGAUGGACUUGUUGCCGUGAAUUUUGUUUGCUACAGCAAUUAAUAAAAUAUGAUUAUUAUCUCCAGCUUUCUACUUUCCCAUCCUUUAGUUAUUUACAUUGUACCAUGCAAUGGUAGGCCAGUUGAUCAUUUGAUUUCCUCCCUCUCUCCAGGUUUCUUUCCCCUCCUAUUCUUUCCAUUAUUCUGCAUGUACGUUUACCUUUUCGUUUUGUUUUCUUUUUCUUCUGGGUUUCCAAAGUUGUGGACUGGUUUUGGCAGACUUGGUUAUAUAGCGUACAGCAGAGUAAGGUAAAGCUUCAGCGACAAGUAGUGAGUGAUAGGGUGUUGAUAAUAUCAUCCACCUGUAUAUUCAAACAAGAGACUCGGGCGAUAAAUCCUACACUGGAAUAUGGAAUUUUUCUUAAUCAUCCUCGUAGAGUUUCAUACAUAUACUCCUCUGAGGCUAAUUAUAAUUGAUCAUAGACUAUGUUUCCAAAAUGCAAUUCCUUAGGCAUAAACUACUUUUAGUCAACUGUGUCAUACUCCUCCAGGCGAAUAAAGCGACAAGAGAGUUUAAAAUGAGGGAUCAGUAAUGUACAGUCAAACAAAUCUAGCAAAUUAUUCGAGGACUUUUAAGCAAGCUGCGAAUGGUUCCCUGAAGGAACACACCGCCAGAAACGGGUUUCCACGGAGAAUCAUACACUUAUUUAACAGCUUGCCAGACAAGCUCCGCAUCCUUAACCAUCAUAAGUUCAUAAUGAACAACUGGCAAACAGUCGCACAAAUUGUCAUGUUUUCAAUUGUCAAAAUGAUAAGUUGAUAACCCAAAAUCAAUGGUACCAGACUUAAAGACUAAUUGUAAAAGUUUUUUAACAUUAUUCAAGACAAAACCAUUAAUUGAUGACCUGAAUCACAAUUCACAACAAGAGUACGCAGAACUGAUGAGUGAUGUCUUAUGUUAUUUUUAUUCAUAAAAAAAAAAAAAAAAA